CGGUCAUCGCUGAUUUUGUUGUUGUAUCAAACUCACUUCGCUGACAACGUUGGUUGUAGUUGUCACACUCCUCAAUAAUAUCUGCUCUAUAAUAUACAUUAGCAGAACUCCAAAAAAAAAAAAAAAACUUAAAAAUGUCUGAGGAAAAAAAGACUGAAACCGAGCACAUCAACCUGAAGGUGUUGGGCCAGGAUAAUGCGGUCGUUCAAUUCAAGAUCAAGAAACACACGCCUCUACGUAAACUAAUGAACGCCUAUUGUGACCGAGCUGGCCUUUCAAUGCAAGUGGUACGAUUUCGUUUCGACGGACAGCCGAUCAAUGAGAACGACACACCUACCUCCCUAGAAAUGGAAGAGGGCGACACAAUUGAAGUUUACCAACAACAAACUGGCGGUCAAUUUGAUAAAACAUUGUCAACGGGCUUAUGUUCGCGUCAUUGAAACGUAGCUUCUUCAGUUGGUUUUAAUAUUUUUCCCCAUAUACAUAUACAUACAUAUAUAUAUAUAUAUAUAGCAGACAAUGCCGCCGAAUCAUAUUUUGAUAUUGUACAGUUACACUGCUCUGAUUGUAUUUGCAGAAACAAUAAAAAGUAUUUAAGAAUGAACUUUGACAUUUCAUCCAAACGAAACCAAAAUAA